AUGUACGAGCAGGCAGAGGCUGUCCGGCCUUCUUUCUCCGGCCCCACCAGCGGGCCACCACCCCGGUCCCGUCCCGUCCACCAAGGUGGCUCACGCGGGCAUGUCCGCCAGGGCAACGACGCUCCGGACAAGCAGCCAGAAGACGAAGAAGCGUCUUCACACACGUACGAAGAAGCCGAGGCGGUGAGACGUCACGCGCCGCACACGUCAACAGACCGCACGUAUCCGGGUGGAGCGAGCGGCCGCCGUGGCGUCUGUAGCUUCCUCCGCGCCAACCGCAGCUGUCUGGCCGCCGGCAUCGCCGUGCUGCUAAGCCUUGUCUGUGUGGGACUCGCCCCUCUGACGUUCAUCAACAAACAGGAAAUAUCUCAAAUUUCGACGACUUUUGACGCCGUAAAACGCGACCAAUACAACAUGUCCACCACUGUUGACGCCUUGAAGCGCGACCAAGACGGCAUGUCCACCACUGUUGACGCCUUGAAGCGCGACCUGGACAACGAACGCAGCCGAAUCGCCGCAUUGGAAAAGCGUAUUCACGAAAUUGGGAAGAAUUCACCAUCUUGUCCCGGAGGUUACACAAUGUGGCGUGGAAUCUGCUACAAGGCCUUCAUCGCUGGGAGGAACUUCAGCGUAGCCGCCGCGACCUGUGGCAAAGACGGCGGCACCCUCGCCAUGCCCCGAGACGCCGAGACCGACGCCUUCCUGAUCUCCCUGUACAAGCCCGUGAGCGACGGUUAUGCUUUUCGGUUCGGUCUUCAGCGCAAAGAGGGAAAGUUUGUGUGGGUGGACGGUUCUCCACGUGGGUCGUACAGCUCCUGGGGUCGGGGACAACCGAACAACCUUGGAGAUUGCGUCCUUUACUCCGCACGCCCAGAGUGGAAAGACAAGUGGAGCGACGACAAAUGCGACAAGCCAUUUAACUUCAUAUGCCAGGUUGCGCCAGGGCGUCUGUAG